AUGGCAAAAUCGAGCUCAGAUAUCUUCAUGAGCAUCAAACCCGAGCACAUGGGCAAUAUCGCCUCUGGCGCGAAGAACCAUGAAUACCGUGGUUACCUACUCCCGCAGAAGGUCCACCGCAUCUGGUUCUAUACCACUCUCCCCGUCAAGCAAAUCGCGUUUGUCGCUCGUAUAUCCCCAGGGAAAAUUCCAGGCGAGGUCCCGGAAGACGGCGGGAUUGGCAAUACGGACUUCAACGCGGGUAUGAAGAAGUCCAAGUAUGGCUACGCAAUAGUCAAGCUGUGGAUGUUGAAGCAUCCUAUCAGCUUGGAGAAGGCUAUCUUGGAAGGGUUCUUGAAAGGUGCACCGCAAAAGUAUUGUUGGGUGCCAAUCAGUCUUUUACGGCGCUAUCCACUGGAUAAACCGCCUCACUGA